AUGGCUUUAAAUGAAGAAUCAAUUCCACCAAUGAAUGGGUUUGUUCAAGACCCAGCUGCUGGAUCCAUUAGCCCUCCUCCUCCUCCUCCUGCGAAAAAGAAGAGAAACCUCCCAGGAAACCCAGAUCCUGAAGCUGAAGUAAUAGCCUUGUCUCCAAAGACUCUGAUGGCCACCAACAGAUUCUUGUGCGAAAUAUGUGGCAAGGGCUUCCAAAGAGAUCAAAACCUGCAGCUCCAUCGUCGCGGCCACAACCUUCCAUGGAAGCUGAAGCAGAGAACAAACAAAGAACCGAGGAAGCGCGUGUAUGUGUGCCCUGAAAAGAGUUGCGUCCACCACCACCCGUCCCGGGCUCUCGGAGAUCUGACGGGCAUCAAGAAACACUUCUGCCGGAAACAUGGGGAGAAGAAGUGGAAGUGUGACAAGUGCUCCAAGCGAUAUGCCGUGCAGUCAGACUGGAAGGCUCACUCAAAGACCUGCGGCACUCGGGAGUACAAAUGUGACUGUGGGACUCUAUUUUCACGGCGUGAUAGCUUCAUCACUCACCGGGCCUUCUGCGAUGCGUUGGCUGAAGAAACAGCUAGAGUAAACGCAGCAUCCAAUAUGAACAACAUUCCGAUGGGUGGCAAUAUCAAUUAUCAGUACAUGGGUUACUCAAUCGGAGCAGUAGCAGGGCCGAAUAAUAACAUCACGGCUCAGCAAUAUUUUUCUUCCAUUUUCAAGCCAAUGAUCUCAACCCAUAACAAUAUUGAUGAUGAGGCAUCCCGCGGGCUGUCUAUAGGGAUGAUGGGCGGCAAUAACAAUUACAAUAAUAAUAAGAAUCAUGAUCAUCAUCGUCCUUGUCCUCCACCGUCGGAUUAUGAUCAGAUAGAUAAUUGGGUUGUUGGAAAUAAGCAGCUGAUUUCAUCACCAUCACCUUAUUCAAUCUCAAACAGCAAUGCUCCUCAUCAUCAAGAAAGCAUUACUUGUACUAGCACUGCUAGUAGUAGUUGUUCUAGUUCAUCGCUUGCUUUAAUUAGCAAUAAUAUAAUAAGUGAUGUUCCUUCCUUGUACAGCAGUAAUAUGUCAGCCACGGCUUUGCUGCAGAAAGCCGCUCAAAUUGGGUCAACAACUUCGAGUGAGGAGACAUUGCUGGGGAGUUUUGGGAUGAAUAAUAUCAGCAAAGUUUGUGGGCUCUACGGAAUUACUAGUCCGGAUGAUCAUGGUCAUGAUCAUCAUGCCAAGCGCCGCAGCAUACAGAAUUGUAGUGCGGCUACUACUACUACUACUAAUGAUCAUCAUCAUCAACAAGAAACUAUUGCUGCAGGAGGAGGAGGUGGUCAAACUAGGGAUUUCCUUGGUGUUGGUGUGCACGCCAUUUGCCACUCAACAUCACCAUCAAUAAACGGGUAUUGGACUUGAUGAAUUUUUUGUUUGUUUUUUUUGGAUCAAACUAUAUGGACAAGAAAAUGUUUAAGUAGAGCUAAUAUUGUAAUAAAGAGAAACGAGAUGAAGUACUACUUGAGAGUGAGAGAGAGAGAUGUAUGAAAGCAAGGGCCGUUCCCACAGAGAUUGUAA